AUGGUGAUACAAGGCCUUCUUCUUCUCUUCAUAGCGGCCAUUGCGCCUGUCCAUGCCGAGAGCGGCAUUGAUGCGUGGUUGCGAUACGCUCGGUUGCCAACCUCUUCAACUAAAGGACAUCUCAAUUCUUUUCCGAACCGCAUCGUCGUCCUCAAUGCCUCGAAAAACGGACCAUUGGCAAGUGCUUCAUCAGAACUACACAAGGGUAUUAAAGGCAUCCUAGGACUUGAUCUGGACGUGAGCUCCGGUGGAAAGAGUUGCUCUGCUCAGAAGACUAUUGUCAUUUCCACUCUAGAGACAUACAAAUCGUCUUGUGGCAAACUCUCGCCGAAAGCGAAUCUGAAGGAAGAUGGAUACUGGCUAAACACCAAAGGCAACUCAGUACAAAUCAUCGGCCAGAAUGAACGCGGUGCGCUUUACGGUGCUUUUAAAUAUCUUUCCCUACUCGGCCAGGGUGACUUUUCCGAUGUGGAAUAUGCUUCAAACCCAAGUGCGCCAGUUCGAUGGGCCAACCAGUGGGAUAAUCUGAACGCAGCAACUGCAUCACAUGGUAGCAUCGAGAGAGGCUACGGUGGAGCUUCCAUCUUCUUCGAUAGUGGCCUGAUCAAAGAGGAUCUUUCGCGAGUUCCCCUGUAUGGUCGCCUGUUGGCCUCUGUUGGCAUUAACGGAAUCGUCAUCAACAACGUCAAUGCGGACGCCAACCUUCUCAACGAGACCAAUCUCCAAGGCGUCAAGAGAAUUGCAGACUUGUUCCGGCCGUGGGGAGUCAAUGUCGGCAUCUCGCUCAACUUUGCCUCACCACAAGUUCUGGGGGAUUUGACGACGUUUGAUCCUCUAGACAGCACAGUCGUCAAAUGGUGGACCGACAAAACCGACAGAAUUUACCAGCUUGUGCCCGAUUUUGCGGGAUACCUUGUCAAAGCAAACUCAGAAGGUCAGCCCGGGCCUCUGACUUAUAAUCGCGCCUUGUCGGAGGGCGCCAAUCUCUUUGCCAAGGCGAUUCAGCCUCACGGUGGCAUCGUUGUCUUCCGUGCAUUUGUCUAUGAUCAGUUGAAUGAAACCGAUUGGAAGGCCGAUCGAGCCAAUGCUGCUGUUCAGUACUUCAAGGACCUGGACGGACAGUUUGACAGUAAUGUCCUGAUCCAGAUCAAGUUCGGCCCUAUUGAUUUCCAAGUUCGAGAGCCCGCUUCUCCUCUCUUUGCCAAUAUGCCCAAGACCCCUGUGUCAAUUGAGCUGGAGGUCACCCAGGAAUAUCUUGGUCAACAGUGUCACCUAGUCUAUCUACCGCCGUUGUGGCAGACUAUCUUGGGAUUUGAUAUGCGAUACAAUCGCCGGCAGUCUUAUGUUCGCGACAUUGUUUCGGGAGAGGUAUUUAAUCACAAACUUGGUGGUUAUGCUGGAGUUAUCAACGUCGGGAUGGACGACACCUGGAUUGGUAGUCACUUGGCCAUGUCCAACAUGUUCGCUUUUGGUCGACUUGCCUGGAACCCUCAAGCGAAUUCUCAGGACAUUGUCGAGGAAUGGACUCGCCUGACUUUUGGCCUGAGUCGAGAUGUGGUCUCGGCUAUUGUUGACAUGUCUAUGAAGUCUUGGCCGGCGUAUGAGGGCUACAGCGGCAACCUUGGCAUUCAAACCCUUACCGAUAUUCUGUACACUCAUUAUGGUGCUAAUCCCGCCUCUCAGGAUAACAAUGGCUGGGGACAGUGGACGCGUGCUGAUAGCAAGACUAUCGGAAUGGACCGUACAGUUUCGAAUGGCACAGGAAAUGCAGGACAAUAUCCCAAAGAUGUUGCCAACAUGUUUGAACAUACCCAAACCACACCGGACGAUCUCUUGUUAUGGUUCCACCACGUGCCAUACACCUUCAAGCUGCACUCUGGCAAGACUGUUAUUCAGCAUUUCUACGAUGCUCAUUAUUCUGGUGCUGCGACGGUACAGAAGUUCCCGGCAACGUGGAAGUCACUCAAGGGUCAAGUAGACGCCGAGCGAUAUGCCGACGUCUUGUACAGGUUGCAGUAUCAAGCAGGCCACUCACUCGUCUGGCGCGAUGGUGUUAGUGAGUUCUAUCGUAACCUAUCGAGCAUCCCGGACAAACUCAACCGCGUUCGAAACCACCCACACCGUAUUGAAGCCGAGGAUAUGGAUCUUUUGGGGUUUACGAAGGUCAACGUUUCUCCCACUGAAUGCGCGUCCAAGUACAAAGCGAUUGCUACAAAUGGAACUGGCACGGCCACUACGAGAUUGAACGUCCCAAGCGGCAAAUAUACGGUGGCUAUCAACUAUUAUGACGUGAUGGGAGGAAGUGCUAGUUACAAUGUGCUACUCAAUGGCAAAUCUCUAGGGACCUGGAAGGGCGACUCAGAGAAUUACCUCGGCCAUGAUUUCAGCACGCUCCUUGACUGCCACUCGGCAAUUCGUAUCACCUUUGAGAAUGUCAAGAUCUCGAGGGGGGACAAGCUGACCAUCAAGGGAACCGGAGAUGCACAGGAGCAGGCGGCGAUAGACUAUGUCGCCAUUCUGCCUCAGGGGGUGGUGGACUAG